GGCGUGAGGAAACAGAACUAAGGACUUUUCGGCUAGAAGCCUUUUCAGCUGAGGCAGCUCAUUCGACUAAAGGUUUUUUCGGCAGAGACCUUUUCGCUAGAGUCUUUUGGCAAAGGAUGCAGAGGCAGUCAGAGGAUCCAUGGAGUUGGCGAGGGGAGCGUGGCUGUGGCUUAUUAUUUUGUCUCUCUGAUCUCUCAGCAUUUACCCUAAUGUUUGGCUUUGUUUUUUGUUUUUUAUUAUGAGACUUUUUAGAAUUCGAACAACAAUUGGAAGAGUAAGUCCAUUUCAAGAGCACUCGGAGCUGGUUUUCACCUUGAGGAAAAGCCACUUGCGGCCUGAGAAUUCGCCCGAUAUGCUUAAUAAGGGGGACGACUGCUAUUUUUACUUCUAUUCUACAUGCACCAAGGGUGCCAGCUGCCCAUUCCGCCACUGUGACGCCGCACUAGGAAAUGAAACUGUCUGCACACUCUGGCAAGAAGGUCGCUGUUUCCGACGGGUGUGCAGAUUUCGCCACAUGGAAAUUGACAAAAAACGAAGUGAAAUUCCUUGUUAUUGGGAAAAUCAGCCAACGGGGUGUCGGAAACUAAACUGUGCUUUCCAUCACAAGAGAGGUCGUUACAUUGACGGGCUCUUCCGACCUCCAAGCAAAACUGUGUUGCCCACUGGGCGUGAGUUGCAAGAAGUAAAGGCUAGCCAGCUCGCAGAUCGACAGAACAAACUGUGGGUCCCGUUUAAUUCCCCCCCUCAACUGCAGUGUGUAAUGGAAUCAGAAAGUGUUCCUAGGCCCACGCAUCCACCCAUUGUAAUCAAUCUUGCGGAGGAUGAUGAAGACGAUGACGACGAUGAUGAUGAUGAUGAUCAGUUUUCGGAGGAGGGCGAUGGAAGCAAAACACCUGCCCUGCAACCGACUCCUGAGGUUCAUAACGGAAUAGGAGUGGCUUCUGCCCGGAAACCCGGAGUCAGUUUAAAGCAAGGUGAGUGUUUGAAUUUUGGAAUAAAAACUCUUCAGGAAAUUACAUCAAAGAAAAUGGAGGAAAAAUCCAAGAAGCAAGGUGGCCCUGGAAAGGAGAAUGUUUGGCCUGCAGUGAGGACAGGAGCUCUAUCCAGCAAACAAGAAGAGCCCUUGGUUAGGUUGCCUCUCACUGAGAGAGUGGGGAAACGAAAAUUUUCAGCAGAUGGUGGCAGUGGUCCCCCGUUAAAGCGAGGCCUUGCACAGAGGCUGGGAAGAAAGGUGGACGCUCCAGAAAAUAACGUUGAUAAAGCACCAAAGAAAGAGAGACUUAACGAAGCUGGUGAGAUCCACGUGAAGACACUGGAAGAAAUUCUUCUUGAAAGAGCUAGUCAGAAACGUGGAGAAUUGCAAACCACACUAAAAACACAAGAACCUUCCCGGACAGAUGAGUCUCCACCAGGAACAAAAAGCUCUUCCUCCGUGUGGAUCAAAACCUUCUCUGAGGUCCUGGCUGAAAAGAAACAUCGGCAGCAGGAAAUGGAGAGACAGAAACCCAAAAAGGAUACAAAUUGCCCCGUGUGGACAGCAGAUACUGGCGUGAAGAAGACAGGGAGUCUGUUAUCUGUUGCUGUUGGACAGCCUGAGGAGGCUGCAGGAAGAGCCACCUCGAUGCAGGAGGUGCACAUGAAGACGCUAGAGGAAAUCCCUGGAGCACAGGUAAACUCUGAGAGCAGUGCCAGCUCCUGGCCUCAAGCGGAGGCUAGCAAAAGAAGAGAGAAACAAUACUUGAGCGAAGACAGAGACACUGGUUCUCAGAGCAGUGUGACUAAGACAGAGGCUACUGAGGCUUCAGAUGAGACCCUAAGUGAUAGCACAAAAAUUCCAGCCAAUAGAGGUGACACUGUCAGAGAGAAACAGAUUGAGAAAGGACUGGAGACAGGUGCCUCACAGAAGGAGAAGCCAGCCUUGACACCUGUCCUGGAAGACCGAGCCUUGUACUAUACCUGAGUGGUGGGGGAGGCCAGUGCUCACGGUUGUGUGGGGAUACAUUGUGUACCCUAAUAAAGCUUGCCUGGGUAUUGGGGACUAUGGGGGUCCAGCCCCUCGGCAGUCCCCUCCCAG